UUCAGGUGCAGUUUCAUUCAAAGGCUGAGAUGGAUCUAGUGAUGCCUCAUUGACCUCAAGAAAACAAUAUAGUUUCUGUGAUACUCAAGAUGGCAGCUGCCACCAAAAACUAUCCGGUGAAGUUUGUAUGGGAUCAUGGGGGCUCAGAAGUGUUCCUUAGUAUCAAGAACCCCCAAGGUGAUAAUCGAACCAUGGCUGUGCCUUUUCAUCACUAUGGGCACCAUGAGGUGACUCUAAUGUUACCCGUGGGACGCUUUGAGUAUCGGUACUUGGUCGAUGGAACUUGGAGGUAUGAUGAAGACCUACCGGCCUUAAAGAUCGAACGAACCAAGUACAAUAAUAUGAUCAAAGUGAAAGCACCCACUUUGAACGAGGUCCAGUGGAACAAAACACCUCGACCAGAGAACCUUCAGCGGGCAAAAGCAAAGGUCAAGCAACAAAAGACCCGAAAAUACAAGAAGCCGACCGACGAGGUGACUUGGAGUGGGUGCCGAACUCCAUUUGAGGACACAUCUUGCCGUGAUGAGUUCAUGAGCGAACAGCUCUGGACUGAAGAACACAUUCAGGCCUCGUCACCCGAGAAAGAAAGUCCACAAGUAAAAUUGGCCUCAGAGGAGAAGGUCGACAAGGUGCUGUCUGCUAGUGAAUCAACCAUCAUGAGUGAUGAUGUGACGGAUAAUAAUACGGACAACUUGCCUGAUCUCGAAGAGGCCUUCAGCCGAGAAACGGGUAAGAAAACGGAUAAGCAUCCGGUGUUUCUCACGGAAUUGGAUCCGACCUCAAUUGGAACCGAUCCGGAUCUCAUGUCUCAGGGCACAGACAUUGAGGACACUCUGGAAGACCCUGAAGACAUUGACUUACUUAUGGAGCCGAAACCUGCACAAAGCUCCAAUCCUGGGGGAAACAUGUUCGAAUUUGCCAAUCUAUUUUCCUCGAAUCUGUGCGAGAACCUCGUUCAAGAAGCGAUCAAAGUGGCCGCGACGAAAAGAAAUGAAAUUCGUCCCCAAAUCCAGAUUCUGAUCGAAGAAAUCCUGGAGGAUGAGGAUCAAGAGUUCAAUGAUUCCACUUUUAAGACGAAGCGAAGCGACUCUUUCGUGAGAGCGACCGAGGAAUUGACCGACAUGCUUACGAGCGAUCUAAUGGGGAACAUUCAAAGGACUCCCAUCUCCAAAGAGCUCCUCGUGCAAACGAUCUGCGAGCAUAAAGAGUCCCAUGGGACAGCCAUUACAGGAAGCGUUAAAGCAGAUCAACUGGCUAAUCACCUGGCAAAGAUGAGAAAAAGUCAAAAAAGUGAAAUGACCACAAUUGAGAACGACAAUGAGAUCUCUCAAGAACUGACCCAAAGGCCAGAAGCGAAGGAUACGGAUAAGACCGAGGCACAAGAUGGGAUUAAUGAAGGACAAAAUGCAAAACGAGACGAUAACUCAAGCAGUAACAUGUCCGUGAAAGUCACAAAUUUGGAUCAAGUGGAGAUCAUGAAGGACGCAGAGGAUGCUGUAGUGGUGAAUCAAGAACAACAAUUCUCUUCCAAAGUCAAAAAGCCAAAAAUCAUUUACAAGCAUAACAUUAUCUACAUGGAUCAAGCGAGAGUUUUUCCAGAGAAUCAAACGAUCUCUGAAGAGUCCUAUGCUCUAGGUCAGGCAGAGUCUGAAAAUGAUAAUCUUUCAAAUGACUCUGGGCUUUCCUCCAAGACAGUCGAUAGGGUUAAAACAGAAGAAUCGAAAUCACAUCCUUCAAGCAUAAAGCAAUCUUUGUUUAAGAAUGGCAAUUCCGAUCAGUCAAACCAGGACCGCCAAGAAGUUGAUGUAGCAAACGCGUCAUCCGAAAAUGAAAUUGAUGAUGACUUAAUGACAACAUCUUCUGCUCCCAAUGGAAAUAAGCAAUCAGCCCAAGACAUGGAAAUCAUUCAAAAUCGGCCUCCUCCUCCUCCUCCUCCUACAAUAAUCAUCGACGAAGUUGCUCUGGAUGAUACGAAUGCCGACUUCUCUGACGAAGAAGACUUCAUUCCACCUACCAACGAAGUGGUGGCCAAAAUAAAAUUUUCCAUCAAGGAAACAACAACUUCGGUACAAGAUGAGUUCAAUGAUAAUGAUGUUCAAGUUCCUCUCAUACAAGAACAUAAUACACCACAAAAUGAAGACAAAUCUUUAGACAAAGAUAAGUCUACUGACCCGGACGUUCCAGAAAUUGAAGAUCCAUCAUCCCAAAGCAAUGAUCAAGAUUCCUCGAUAGAUAAUGACAAAUCCAAGGUGGAAAAUUCAGCAUCCAAACUUGACAAUUCAGACAUAGAGACCAAAGAGACCAAUUUAAAAUACGAGCAAAGUGAUUCGAAUUCGAACCCAGAUGAUGAUCAGUUUGCCCCAGGUUCUAUUCUUCCCGCCAACAAAACCAAAGAUAUCGAGGGCGAAAGUGGUCUUACUGACGACGAACAAGUUGAAAAGGCCCAAAAGACCACCUCAAAAUACAAGCAAAGUGAUCUGAGUUCCGAGAAUAACGAUCAGAAUGAUACCCCUUCAGGGUCUCCAGUUCCAACCAAGGUCAGAGAAACAAAUGGCGAAACAUCUUUUGCUGAAGGCGAACAAGCUCAUACAGAUGAUCCGUCAAACGAAACGGUGACAGGAACGAAAGAGGCCGCGAACAAGGACACAGAGAAAACAGAAAGAAGUUUAGAUCAUCCCACACAGUCAAACGAAAAUAUCAGAAAUGACCAGUCUCAAGAGCUAUCGUCAGAUGACUGGGAAGACCUGGGUGUGGAACUGACUCUCGAUAAAGCACCACCCCAAAGGCCAAAUAAUUCACCCCAAGGACAAUUUGUUGACGAGAGAAUUCCCGUGGAAGAGCCUCUUUGCCAAGAAGUGUUCAUUGCUCCACUUUAUGGGAACAAACCGAAUCAAGAAGAACCAUUUCAUGGGCUUAAUAUACCCGUUGAAGAGCCCAUUUGUGACGUGAUGGAAGUCGCUCUUUGUUAUGAGACUGGCAAUAACUCCACGGAGAGCCUUAAGGAGUUGAUAGAUCAAUAUCACGUAUCUGCAAUGACGGAAGCCGAACUGCAGAUCAGCAACAGUCAAAGCACUGUUGUCAACGGAGACUCCGGGGGAGGAAAAGAUUAUGAUGCUGAUGAAGAGGUGGACGGACAGUUCGAUGUUGAUACCGAUGAUGAUGACGAUGACAGCGACUUUGAACAUUGGCCGAAUGUGGGCUCUAAAAGAGGAAAGGACAUCUUUGCCGAUGUCAGGAACGAACUGAACGCGAUCCAGAAAUCUCGGUCUCAAAGUGACAUGUACAUUCAGAAUGAGUUGCAAAAAUCAGCUUCCAAAUCGAAAUUUCUAGAAGAAAUCAAGCAGAAAAAGGGGGACAAACCGGAAGCCAAGGAGUCGAGCAAGAGCACUCUUAGGCGGAAAAAGAAAGAGCGUCAGGAACGAUCCAGAGGAGCUCGCCCAACCUUGGCGACCAAACCAAAGAGAAGUCGCAGUGCUGGUGAUCGUAGUAGCCAGGCCUUUAAUGGCAAAAGUGGAACACCCCUGCCAAAUAUUGAGAAUGUUUCCAUCCCCAGUCACAGAAAAGUUAACCCUUAUGAGGAUAUGCCUAAAAAACUGGAUGAAGUGUUCGGAAAAAUUAGGGCUGAAAAGGUCGAGGCUGUUGCGCCCGUUUCUCAGCCUGAGGAAAGAGUUGCCGUCUACUUUGAAACUGGAGAUUACUCUGUCAGUGGAAUGAACGAAGCUGUCAAACUAAAGCCGACAGACUUGAAAACGAAAAAAACUAGCCAUAAAUCAAGGCCCAAAAUUGAACAGAAUGGUAAACACACGAAGCCAAAGGAUCAAGACAACCCACCAGAGCCUCCUGUGGCUGAUUUGAUCCAAAUUGAAGAGCCUCUUGUUGAACCUCCACUUGUGAUGGAACCACAGCAAUCUGAUCCACAUACUCCAAUUCCAGAAAUACCCAAUGAAGAACCAUCUGAGGUAGUAGAACAACCACUUGACACCAACGUCCUGGAGACUGAUGAUGCCCCUACCUUAGCUGAUGACGUCAACAAUGUUGACGAAUCCUCCUCCGCACAAACAGAGAUUGAAAUGCUUGAACUUCCCCCUACUGAAGACGAAAAACUUGAAGAGUCGGGGGAUCUCAAUGCUACACUUGAAAUCCCUGACAAUUUGGAGCCUCCCAGGAUCGGCAUCAACGGCUUUGAGAGAAUGGGCCGUUUGAUCCUGCAAGCAGCUUUUGAAUGUGGUCUGGAGAUUCAAGCGAUCAAUGAUCCCUUCAUAGCGGCCAAUUUCAUGGUAUACGGCCUCAAAUAUGAGGUGGCUCAUAGCAAUAAAACAUACCAUAAGGAGGAAAUGGCCGUCCGACAAAGCCCGACGGGUCAACUCAUGGUCAAUGGGAAGAGCAUCCACGUGUUUGAAUGCAGGGACAGUGCCAAGAUCCCUUGGGAGGAAGCUGGAGUGAAUUACGUUAUUGAGACGUCGGAAGCUUUGCAAUCAGCCAUAGAAGCCCAACGCCAUCUGCGAUCACCAUUUCGGGGUAUGAAACGCCCCAAGCCUGAAAGCAUCACCGACCAACCCAAGCCUCAUUCGGUAGUCUAUGGAGGAUGCCACCAUGUGAUUCUAGCCUCACCCGCCAACGAUGCCCCACUCUAUGCAGUCGGAGUGAACGAUCACAAAUUUGAUCCAAAUGAGAGGAUCCGAUCUCACGUGUCCCCAACGGCAAGUGCCUUGCUCCCGAUUCUGAAGCUUCUGGAUGAUAGCUUCGGAUUGAUUUCAUGCAGCUUUACCUUGCUCAAAUCCAUUCGAGUGGGAGAUAGCAAGUCGAUCAAGUGUCCAAGCCUUGGACCAUCCUCUCAUUCCAAGGUGAUCAAAUGGGACUUCACCGAAAAUCUGGUGCCUAUUGGUCUAAACCUUGUGUCGGAGGAGUUGGUCCGGGUCAUCCCGAAACUUGGGGGCAAAGUCAGUGGAAUAUGCGUGUACGUUCCAACCCCGGAUGUGUCCAUGCUAGAUCUAACUAUAUCCUUGAAGCACGAGAGUGAUCAGAUCUAUCGGGACGUGUGCCUCAAGUUGAAAGAAGCCGCUGAAGGUCCUCUUAGGAAUGUUCUGAGAUAUUGCAUGAAACAGAGCGACGACAACCCGGCCAGUUCGGUUUUUGCCAGUGAUACCCAUUCCGCCGUGGUUGAUGCCAAGUCGGGAACACAGAUCACCCGAAAUGUCGUGAAGCUGGUGGUUUGGUUCGAUAACGAUUACGGAUUUGCCAACCGCAUCAUUGACCUUGUGACUAAAUCUCAUAUUCUUAAGCAACGUGAACGUGUGUCAUUUGUGUAAAUUUCUCUACAAAUGAACGAGAUCACUGGUGGUUGUUUUA